AUGUCUUCCCCAUCAAGAUCAUUCAACCCCGAGGAUCUGAAUUGCCAUGAUAGAGACUUGAAGAGGAUACAGGAAAGACUGUCUCAGGAAGUCGACUACUUCUUAUCUUCCCAGACUAGUUUACUGUUGGAUUACAUGGACGAUAUUUCCAAGUGUCUGGGACUGCAGGUAACCAAUCUCAAGGAACUGCGUGAUCAACUGGCCCGAGGACUGGAACAAGUAGAGGCUACCUUGGAGACUCUCAAUGUUGAGGCGAAAGAGGCGUCACAGGGAGAGGCUACCAUGGAGGCUCUCGGAGUUGAGGAGAAAGAGGCGUCACAGGGAGAGAAGAAGGUAGUGAUGAAGGAAAGUGGGCAGAAUCAGCAUCAGCAUCAUGCAGUGAAGAGUCCGGUUACGAAGAGUCCGAAACAUGGUUUGUCACCUCCAGCAAAGGUUAAGGUGCAGGAAAGUGAUGGGGAUGCGGACUGCUCCGAGGUGGAGGUUGAAAAGGAGGAUUUUAACACUUUGUUCGGCUAG